AUGUUUCAAAUAAAAAUGAGUGAAAAUGCAGAUAAUGAAAUUAGAUUAAAAAGAAAAAUUACACUUUUUGAUGGUGUUGCACUUAUUAUCGGAACAAUUAUUGGCUCUGGUAUUUUUAUUGCACCAACUGGGGUUUUUAUCAGUGUUAAAUCAGUUGGAUAUUCUAUUGUUAUAUGGAUGCUAUCCGGAGUGUUUUCAACCUUAGGUGCAUUAUGUUACGGUGAAUUAGGUACACUAAUUACACGUUCAGGUGGUGAUUACGCUUAUAUUCUCGAAGCUUUCGGUCCUUUACCCGCAUUUAUUUUACUAUGGGUCACGUUGCUUAUUUUAAGGCCGACAACUCAAGCAAUCGUUGCUCUAUCUUUUGCACAUUACGCAUCAAAACCAUUUUUCACGGAUUGCGAACCUCCGGAAAAUGCCAUAAGAAUUUUAGCUGCUCUUUGCUUGUGCGCUUUAACUGCUAUUAAUUGCUACAGCGUUCGAUUGGCAAUGAGAGUUCAAACAUUAUUUACAGCAGCAAAAUUAAUUUCAUUAAUAAUUAUAAUCGUAACAGGAUUCGUUCAAAUAAUAAAAGGAGAUGUAACAAAUUUUGAAAAUUCAUUUGAAGGAAAUUUUAACGCUGCCGAUGUUGCUUUAGCUUUUUAUUCUGGUCUUUUUGCAUUUGGCGGAUGGAAUUUUCUUAAUUUUGUAACAGAAGAAUUACAAGAUCCUUACAAAAAUUUACCAAGAGCCAUAUGGAUCGCUAUGCCGAUUGUUACUUUGGUUUACGUUGCCGCAAAUUUAGCUUAUUUUGCAGUUAUACCACCAUCUGAAAUGCUCGAAUCUUCGGCAGUUGCUGUGACUUUCGGAAACAAAAUGUUUGGAAGUUUUAAAUGGUGCGUUCCGAUUUUCGUGGCACUAUCAACAUUCGGAGGAGUUAAUGGCAUACUUUUUACAUCUGCAAGAUUAUUUUUUAUCGGUGCUGAAGAAUCACAAUUACCAAAAGUUUUUGCAUUUAUUCAUCACAAAAGAAUGACUCCCGUUCCCUCACUUUUAUUCACGUGUGCGUUGUCAUUGAUUAUGUUAAUAUCGAGUGACGUCUUCGUUCUUAUCGAUUACUUCAGUCAAAUUCUUUGGCUAUCGGUUGCUGCUAGCAUUGCUGGAUUAUUAUGGCUCAGAUAUAAAAAACCUCAAGCUUCACGUCCCGUCAAAGUUAACGUUGCCAUUCCCGUAAUAUUUUUAUUAUGUUGUAUUUUUCUAACUGUCGUGCCUAUAAUUAAAAAACCAUUGAAUACAGUUAUUGGCAUGGCCAUCACACUUUCCAGUAUUCCAGUUUAUUAUGUAACCGUUGCUUGGCAAUCGAAACCGAAAUGGAUUAACAAAUUUAAUCAGAAGACUACGUUACUCAUUCAAAAAACAUUUCAAGUUGUUCCUGUUAAUAAAAAAGAAGAUUUAUAA